AUGGAUAUAAAUCAUACUAAUGAUACAGCUCAACUAAAAGUUGAAUCUUCUGAGAUUUCAUCACGGAAGUUAAUCAUCAUCAUCAGUUUGAUACUAUUCACUUCGCUAGUUAUUAUUUAUCAAUCUAAAUCGCCAACAACAUUAGAAGUACAGAAGAACCAUAUUUUUAUCCAUCCUCAAAGUUAUUCUAAAGCCAAUUGCUUGAGCGUUUCGAAAACUUCUGCUAUAAUUUGUCAAUGGUACUUUUUAAAUUACACGCCAAGUGCAUGGGAAACUGUUUGGUUUACGAAUAUUGAACAACUACAAAAUAGUGUUUGUGAAACAUUAGCAAAUGUAGAUAAUCUAAACAAAACAGUGUUAGCUGUCGAAAGAGUAGUGGAAUUACAAAAAUUUGGAAGAAACCAUAUCGAAAGCGAUAAACAAAUUGCUGAUAAGCUUCUAUCAAGAAUGUUUUAUCGGCAAGAAUGUAUAGAUCCAAAGACGAAUGUAUCAUUUCAAGGAGCAGAAGUAUCACAAUUAAUUGAACCACUCAUUGGAUUACUACGUGAUCCUUUAACGAUAUGUGAUCGUAUUAGUUCAGUACCUGUGACUGGUUAUGAAGGAGCAGAAAUUCAGUCGAAGCGAUUUUUCUUAUUAUCAAUCGCUGCUCCAUUCUAUAAUCAUUCAUCGCCAAACACUUCUAAGAACAGUAUCGAAAACAGCCUUGAGCCAGAUAAACACAAUAUGAAUAUACUUCCUUGGAUGUAUCAAAGAUCGAAGUUGAAUUUGUUAGAUCCAGAAUUGGAUAUCUAUACAAGCAAGGGACAGAAUAUUUUUAUUGAUUUGGGAAGCGCAUAUUUCGAUGGUUGGACUGGUGCCAAUGGUGCUGCUUCUGGGCGAUGGUUUUAUGAACAUUAUAGACGUUUUGGGACCAAAUUCGAUCGUAUUCUUGCCUAUGAGUUCACAGCAUUAAAUGCUAAAACUGCUUGGAAUCAGUUACCUGCCGAUGUUUUCCCUGUCUAUACGUUGCUUAAUGUUCCUUGUGCAGCGACUGGAAAGUUUAGUCCUUGGGUUAUGCUAAAAGAAAUAGCUAAACCACACGAUCAUGUUGUUAUCAAGUUAGAUAUUGAUACUCCUGAAAUUGAAAUUCCUCUGAUGAGUCAACUGUUAAAUGAUUCAUCGAUUUAUUCUCUAGUAGAUGAAGUCUUUUUUGAGCAUCAUGUUCAUGUAAAAGAAAUGAAUCGUUAUUGGGUAACUCGACAAGGACAAUUGAAAGAUACGUAUGUUUUAUUCACGAAAUUACGUGAACUUGGAGUACGCAUGCAUUCAUGGCCGUAA